AUGGCACCAGGUUCAACUCGCGGUCUCGGCCAAUGGCCAUCUCCACCACAUUCCCUUCCUUGUUGCCCCAUAGGCAACACACCGGCUAUCCUUGGCAUGACCUGGCUUACAUUGGAAUCCCCCCUAAUUGACUGGCAACAGGGGCUUGUCACAUUUCCAGAACAAGUUCAAAUUGCCUCUGAGGAAGAAGCGGAUCCGGACCCCUUGGCAGACCUCCCUACCCAAUACCAUGAGUUUGCAAGAGUAUUUGGCGAAGAAGAAUUUAAGGUCCUUCCCCCCCACAGGGAAUAUGACAUUUCCAUUGACCUACUUCCUGACGCCAAACUCUCACCCGGACCUAUUUAUGGCAUGACCAAUGCAGAAUCUAGGCGCUGA